AUAUAUCUUUUAAGUUUGGUAUAGCAAGAAAUGCUAACCAAUACGGAUUUAUUUUAAUAUUUUUAAAUUUAUAUAGUGAUUAAAAGAUUUUUACAAAAUAAUCAGUAAAAUGUAUGCAUAAUCAGUAAAAUAUUGCAUUGUAGACAUAUGAUUCCAGUAAUCGUUUGUAAGGUAUGAUCUCAUUUCCUGUUAUAAUGUAUACAUAUGUGUAUAGAAUUUAGAAAUGGCAACUGGAGGUAGUAGUUUUAUAAGUAAACCAGCUAGAGGAUGGUUACACCCUGAUCAUUUAGUGAGUAAAGAAGGAAUUACUUAUACUGUUAAAUAUAUAGGAUGUUUAGAAGUAUAUACAUCUAUGAAAAGUUUAGAUUUUGAAACAAGAUCUUGUGUUGCCAAAGAAUGUAUAAACAGAGUUUGUGAAGCAGCUGGUUUAAAAUCUGCAGAUAAAAAAAGAAGGGUGGAUAGGAAAGUGUUAAGAGCAAUAGCAGAUAAACCUCGCAUGGAACAUACAGGUGCUACAAUAAAUUUAACUAUUAGUAGCUGCAGUUUAGCUUUGACUAAUAUAGAAAAUGGACAUAUUAUUGCCAAACAUGAAAUGCCACGUAUAUCUUUUGCUUCAGGUGGAGAUACGGAAAUAUUGGAUUUUGUUGCAUAUGUUGCUAAAAAUAUGCAAGAAUGGCGUGCUUGUUAUGUAUUAGAAUGUGGUGGAGGACUAGCACAAGAUGUUAUAUCUACUAUUGGACAAGCUUUUGAAUUACGAUUUAAAGAAUUUCUUACAAAACCAGCUUCAUUACAUCCUAUAUUAAAUGGUAUACGAGAAGCAGACAGAGAUUAUUAUAAUGAUCUGCCAGGUAAAGUACCACCAGAUAUUGGUCCUCCACCAGUUCCACCUUUACCAACUUCAGCAUCAACUUUACCCAAUUUGAAACAUCAUCAUUCUGUUCAAAAUCAUGUGUCACGAAGCAAUGUACAAAAUUCUGGUUUACAUGAUACAUUUUCUAUCAAUUCUGAUAGACAUCAUCAACAAUGGGCAGAAACUGGUAACUUAAUUGAUCUGAAUUCUGAUGGAACUUCAACAAAUUUCAAUAUUCCUCCUGAACAUAACUAUGUAAAUGAUAGUGUUAUAGCAGCUACCAGAGAAAGUCAACGUGAUCAAACAUCACUUUUCGAUGUGUUUGAUAUGCAACCAUUCAGUUCUGCAAUAUCAGAUAUGAAUAAAUUAAGUCCACAUUCUCAAAAGCAACAAUUAAAACAAGAAAUAUGGUUUCAUGGUAGCGUUAGUCGUGCUGAAGCAGAAUCAAUGCUAACAAGAGAUGGUGACUUUUUAGUGAGAGAAUCUCAAGGUUCGCCUGGACAAUAUGUUCUUACUGGUAUGAAUAAUAGUACACCAAAACAUUUAUUACUAAUUGAUCCAGAAGGCAUAGUUCGCACAAAAGAUCGCGUUUUCGAUAGUGUUAGUCAUUUAGUAAAUCAUCAUUGUGACAAUGUAUUACCAAUUAUAUCAGCAGACAGCGUUUUAGUACUUCGGUAUCCAAUUCCUAGACGUACCAAUAAUUGAUUUUUAUAAGAUUAUAAUACUGCACAAUAAGUAAGGUUCACAUUUGAUAUCGAUCAAUAUUGGAAAUAAAAUAUCGAUAUCGAAUAUGGUGCCUUCUAUAACAAAAAUUUUAUGUCAUGAAUACCUUGUUUUAAAAAGUAAGAAACAAAA